AUGUAUGUCAUAGAUCAAUUUGAACAUCAACCGUGGGAAUAUACCGGUAUCGAUUUAGAUGAAGAAGAAGAAGAUUUUGAAGAUGAAGAGGAUGAUCUUACAAUCCCUGGCGGCGGGCGUAAAAAUUUUGGUGAAACACGCCAUUACUGUCCUGUAACUCUAAAAGAGCGCAAUAUUUUACACCCUGGCGCGCCAGAUACCGCAGUUCGAUUCCGUGAGCAUACCUACUUUUUUAUAUCCAAUGAUGCUAGAACUCAGUUUUUGGACAAUCCAAAUUUAUUUCUAUCAAAUGGCAAGCCUUUACAGCCUCCCCCGUUAAGGAUUUGUAUUAUUGGACCUCGAGGAAGUGGUAAAACAUUUUAUGGUCGCACGUUGAGUAAACAACUUGGAAUAUUUCACAUUACGUUCCGCGAACGAUUACAAGAAUUGAUUAUUACCAAAACUCAGAAGCGAAUUGUUGAUGAACUAGAAGAAGAAUUACAAGACGAUAUUUCAGAACAUGACAAUGCAAAUGCGGAAGCUAAUAAUGCACGGGGUGGAAUCAUUGAAGAGGAGGGUGAAGAAGAAGAUGAUGAACUUGAACUAGAUGAGGAUGAAGACGCAAUAAGAGCUUAUCUAGCAGAUGAUGAGCCUAUUCCUGACGAAACUUUAGAUAAAGUUAUUCAGCCUUGGUGGGACGAAGACCCAUUUCGCAAAAAGGGUUUUAUUUUAGAAGGAUUCCCACGUACCUCAAAUCAAGUUCGUUAUAUGGCGCAAGCAGGAUUUUACCCUGAUAUAAUCAUAAUUUUAAGUGUUGAUGAUUCCGAUGUAAUGGAUCGGUUACUACCUCCCCUGAUGGAAAGGUGGCAAACUAAACGGAAUAAGAGAAUUGAGAAGCGAGAAAAAGAAAAAGAAAGACUACGAAAGUUAAAGGCUGAAAGAGCAGCCAGGCAAGCUGAGCGGGAAGAACGGUUACAACGUAAGCGAGAAGAUGGUGAUUCGGACAUAUCAGAUAGUGAAGAAGAAGAUGAAGAUGAAGAGGACGAGGAAGAUGUCGAUGCUCUAUUAGAAGAAGAGCUAGGAGAGGAAGAAGAAGAAGAAGAAGAAGAAGAAGAAGCUGAAGAUGAUGCCAGAGAUCGACUGAAAGCAGUUUUAUUAGAACGAUAUGAUGACGAUAUGAAUCGCUUAAGUUUAGUCCAGGAAGCAAUGGAAGAGGUCUGGAUGCCAAAAUCUGAAGUAACUUCUGGCCGUAAACCUCACAUUGUUCGUUAUCUCUUAAAUAAACUGCUCAAGCCCUACACUGAAAAUCGUACAAGCCUAUUGGAAAAGUGUCAUCCCGUUGACUUUAGGCUUUCAAGGCAAAUAAUUGAAACAGGAUAUAAGCAAUCUAGCCAAUUUGGAUGGUGGUGUCCAGUUAAACUGUUCGAUAAGGAAGUUGUGCAGCCGUUGCAUGGUCCUGGUGUAUCAACUUAUCCUGUUGUCCAUCGUUCUCAUGUUUAUUACCUUUCAUCUGAAGAUGCAAGACAACGAUUCAUAGAUAAUCCUCUCAAAUACAUCCAUCAAUCUCCACCAGGUCCAGUUAUACCUUUCCAAAUAGCUAUUGUUGGCCCACCUAAAUCCGGCAAAACAACACUUGCUAAUCGAUUUGUAGCAGACUAUGGAGUUUUGAGAUUAUCGAUGGGAGAAGCCAUACGAUUAGUGUUGGAGAAGCAAAGUACAAGCACCUUAGCAAAGGAAAUAAAUGAAUAUCUUUACGUCGGACAAACUGUACCUGAUGCUUUAGGCAUUCAAGCGUUAGAAAAUGCCUUACUGAAUGUAACAUGUCAAACUAGAGGAUUUGUGUUAGAUGGUUUCCCUAGUACCAAGAAACAAGUUGAAUUAAUGAAUGAACGAAAAAUUCUUCCAGUUAAAAUUAUUGAGCUUGAUGUUGAAGAUAAAGAGCUAAAACGUCGAGCUGCUAUGGACCGCCGUUCCAAAGAUAGAGUGUUACCAUUACACGACAGCUCCAGAAUAUUUAGCUUAAGAUUGAAAUAUUGGAGAAAAGUAGUUAUACCGGUGAAACAAUGGUACCAUAAACGUCAUUUCAACUGGUAUCCUAUCAAUGGCCAAGCAUCUAAAUGGUUAGUAUGGAAUACCGCUUCCGAAAUUGCCAUAAAAAGUAUUCAACAAAUCCAAAUAUACACCGAAAGAAUUUCUAAAGGUCUGGCUGCACCUAUUGCUAAUCUUUGCAUAACGCCUGAAGAAUGUGAGGCUCGCCUUGGAGAAUAUCGGCAUUAUUGCCCAGUUAGUUUAGUUAAUCGAGGAGAGUUACGCGACUGUUAUAGCGAUAAUCAAUUAAUAUACGGAGCUGAAUUCCGUGGUCGGUAUUAUAAAAUGGCUGAUGAAGAAACUUUACAGGAAUUUCUUAAUAAUACUGAACAAUUUCUUGCGCCACAGUCUCCUGUCAACUUGCCUCUUCCUCAUUUAUUACCAAUUAAACGCACUCCUGCGGAAGUUAAAGCGAAAUUUCCGAUGGAAAUUGAGUUAAAGGGUUAUUGUCCAGUUACUUAUUUGGAAGGUCACCAAAGAUAUGAGAGUAUUAUACCUGGUAAAACAGAAUUAUUGGCCGAAUUUGACGGUAAAAUAUAUUCCUUUGAAUCGGAAGAUAAAUUGGAAAAGUUUAUGAGGCUUCCAAAUAAAUACCACGGAUUAACGCUACCAAAGAAACUACCUCCUCGGCUAGAUCCAAUAAAUGUGACCGGUCUACCUAUAUUGGGUUACCUCGAGCAAUCAUUAGCUGAAAUUACCGUAAAAUCAUUAACAGCUGUUGGCUCAUUCAAGCCGAAACAUCCAUUCUUGGAUGCUCAUCAAUCAGCCCAUAUUUAUAUGGCAUAUUUUCUAAAAGCUAAUAACCCAAGGAAUAAUGAAUAUAUACGUAAGAAGUAUCGUGAUAAGCUGCGCAAAUUUGAAGAAAAUUGUGAAUUAAUUACGUAUUUAAGUGAGAAAAUGACGGUACAUUAUAAAGAGCCAACGGAAAGACCUAUUGAUUUCGAUCAUAAAAUGCAAAACUUUCUAUCUAUGAAAGAAGAAGUUAUGUAG